GACAACAGUGAGCUCCCCUUCGCCUUGGGAUACAUUUUGGAAUGGUGCAGAAGCUGGACCAAAAACUCCCAGUGGCCAAUGAGUACCUGUUGCUCUCUGGAGGAGUCCGGGAAGGCGUGGUGGAUCUGGACUUAGACGAGCUUAAUAUUUAUGCCCGGGGGACCGACUAUGAUAUGGACUUUACCCUUCUGGUGCCAGCCCUUAAGCUGCAUGACCGUAAUCAGCCUGUGACGCUCGAUAUGCGCCACUCAGCCUUGUGCCACUCGUGGCUGAGCCUCCGGCUCUUUGACGAGGGGACAAUCAGUAAAUGGAAAGACUGCUGCACCAUCGUGGAUCACAUCAAUGGUGCCACCAACUACUUCUUCUCCCCCACCAAAGUGGCCGACUGGUUCUACGACUCCAUCAGCAUCGUCCUGUCAGAGAUCCAGAAGAAACCCCAGCGAGGGAUGCCGAAGGUGGAGAAGGUAGAAAAGAACGGGACCAUCAUCUCCAUCAUCCUGGGUGUGGGGAGCAGUCGCAUGUUGUACGAUAUUGUCCCUGUGGUGUCUUUCAAAGGCUGGCCUGCGGUAGCCCAGAGCUGGCUCAUGGAGAACCACUUUUGGGAUGGGAAGAUCACUGAGGAAGAGGUCAUUAGUGGGUUUUACCUGGUGCCUGCUUGCUCCUACAAGGGUAAGAAGGAUAAUGAAUGGCGACUGUCCUUUGCCAGGAGCGAGGUGCAGUUGAAGAAGUGCAUCUCUAGCAGCCUCAUGCAGGCCUACCAGGCCUGCAAAGCCAUCAUCAUCAAACUUCUGUCCCGGCCCAAGGCCAUCAGCCCCUACCACCUGCGGAGCAUGAUGCUCUGGGCCUGCGACAGACUUCCUGCCAACUACUUGGCUCAAGAAGACUAUGCAGCCCACUUUUUGCUGGGCCUCAUCGAUGACCUGCAACACUGCCUGGUCAACAAGAUGUGCCCCAAUUACUUCAUCCCUCAGUGCAACAUGCUGGAGCACCUGUCCGAGGAGACCGUCAUGCUCCAGGCGCGGAAGCUGUCCUCCGUCCGCUCCGACCCCGCAGAGCACUUGCGCACGGCCAUCGAGCACGUCAAGGCCGCCAACCGGCUGACGCUGGAGCUGCAGAGGCGCGGGAGCACCACCAGCAUCCCCUCCCCGCAGUCGGACGGCGGGGACCCCAACCAGCCUGACGACCGUUUAGCCAAAAAACUGCAGCAGCUGGUGACUGAGAACCCGGGGAAAUCCAUUUCUGUCUUUAUUAACCCCGAUGAUGUCACGAGGCCCCAUUUCAGAAUUGAUGAUAAAUUUUUCUGAGCAUUUGCUGCCUUUUUUUUUUUGCCCCCCCGGUUCUAAAACUUGUAUCAUGUGUCCUGUGGUUCGUGCCACUGUCUUUCCGUUUUUUACACAUCCAGCCGAGGUUGGAUCUGUUAACACAUCUGAAGCCUGCUGUUUCUGCAGGGUGGUGCAGGCUCUGAAACAGUGUAUUCCGAUUUCAUGUUCUGCCUUUGGUUUCGUUUACUUUUUAUAGUUACUGUCACGUAGGUUUGUUGUUGUUUUUUAAGGAGAACUUGAGCCAUAGACAAAGAUGCCCAUGAAUUUUCUUACUUUUCUCAGUUUCACACUUUGUGCAAAUUUGUUAAUGGGGAUGGGGAAGCAGACCUCUUUCUGACACAGUAGGAACUCUUAUUAUUUUUUUGUUUUUUUACUUGUCUUUAUUUUUUAAAUGAGAGCAUCACUACAGAUAUUUGAGAGCAUCUGAACCUGGGAACUGCGUGGUCAGUCAGCCGGAUUGAAUUCUUCUGACCAGAGGCCAGAAUGGUUUCCCCUCCCCACCCGACAGUAUCGACUUUGAAAGUGAUAAUGCUACAAAUUCUGUUUUGGAGCAACUUCAUUGAAUGUAAUUGUCCUCAAAUCAGAACUUCGGAUUGUUUGGAGAGUGUGUUUGACAACUUUCCAAACAGAAUUAAGUUUCCAAAUGGUAGUUUUAGCGUGUGUUAAUUAUUUGAAGCCUUAUUUAAACCUUAUUAAAGAACAUACCAUUAUAAUUGUUAUUUGCACUAAUGAAAUAUUUGCCAUUGUCAGAGUUCCAAUAUGUGCUUUCCAAUAUAAAUUGACAUCCUUUGAAAUGCUAUCAUUUUUUUUUGUCAUUUAGCCCAUUUCUCUCAAUCAGUGGAAUGAUUCAUUACAUUUGUUGAGUCCUCCUUUAAUAAUGGGCCCCUGUUUCACCCUCUUUGAUAUUCCUGGUUCCGGUCUUACUGAGAGAAGUUUUUAAAGCUUUAUACCUGCUGCGUGACUUUACCUGAAGCUGGGGAAAAUAUAUACUUGAUAGAAUAGGUGUCUUUGUAUGUAUUUCUUUUGGGGUUCUAGAGGUGAGCUUUUUAUUGUAAAGUCUCUUUGCUUCUACUGAGAGUUUUGAGAAAAAGUGGCAGGAAGAAUUCACGACCCCCAAAUGGAAGAUGUCACACCUGUUCAAAAGCAGGUUUUGCAAUGAGCAGGAGCCAGGACACGUCGGUGCACAGCAGCCUUGGUGUAGAGCUGUCCCGUCUUCAUGAAUGGAAUUUCCUGCCAGGUUUAGGUGCCGCAAGGCAUUGGCCCCUGGUUGGUAUGGACUCCUUGCUAACUGUGGUGUUUGACAGGCCCGCUGAUCUCUCAAAGGAUGACCAUGAUGUCUACUGUUGGAAAGGUCACACGAUGUUUUGGUUUUGAUCUUGGAUGUGCAGACUUGCAGGUUCAAUGGAAAUCAGGCCUUGGCGGUCCUGGGUUUUUGCAUGGGAAUUAAUGUAAUGUUUAUAAAUGAAAAUGAAA